CUUGCAGUCUCAUGUUGUCCAAGCGCAGAAGAUCGGAGGCAGAGGAGCAAGACGACUCUGAAUUUUCUGAUGUCGACAUCUCCUCGGCGCUUACCGGAAAACGAAGGAAAACGGAUGAUGCUGACGAAUUCGAGGACGACGACGAUGAACUAGAAGAAUUCAUCAAAACGUCUAUAGCGAAGAGGGAUAUCAAGGCUGGGACAGAGGUUGUGAAGAAGAUCAAAGGGAAGAAGAAGCUCACCAAGGGAGAAGUGGGGGGAGGGAGCUUUCAAAGCAUGGGUCUGCACCCGUCGCUACUCAGAUCAUUAACUUUGCAAGGCUAUCGCAUACCUACGCCAAUUCAACGACUUUCUAUCCCUGCACUGCUCGAGAGUCCACCCCGGGAUCUAGUGGGAAUGGCUCGCACCGGUUCCGGCAAGUCUCUGGCAUACAUGAUCCCCUGGUCCAGCGCCUGUCAGGCCGUCACUCGACAACGUUUGGGUCCAGAGCGCUCAUCUUGCUACCCACACGAGAAUUGGCGCUUCAGGUCCUCAAGGUCGGGAAAGAACUCUCUCGUGGAUGGCACGCAGGCUCAGGCAACCAUGCCGGGGACGCAGAAGACGCAGAAGGCUCAGGCAAGGGACAAAGCCUGAGAUGGAGUCUGAUUGUCGGAGGAGAAGGACUCGAUGAACAGUUUGAGAUGAUGUCCAAUAAUCCAGAUGUGAUCAUCGCAACGCCUGGACGGUUGCUUCAUCUCAUGUUGAAAUGAAUUUGGAUCUCAAGUCCGUGCAAUACGUUGUGUUCGACGAGGCGGAUCGACUCUUCGAAAUGGGUUUCGAGACUGCGUUGAACGAAAUCCUCCUCCGGCUGCCAGCUUCUCGUCAGACGCUCCUGUUCUCUGCUACAUUGCCGAAAUCGCUGGUGGAAUUUGCCAAGGCCGGCCUGCAGGAUCCCAAACUAGUGCGACUCGAUGCGGAGAGCAAGAUAAGCACAGACUUGAAGAUGGCCUUUUUCUCUGUGAAGCAGGCCGAGAAGGAAGCUUGUCUGCUUUCCCUCCUCAGAGAUGUGAUCAAAGUGCCCUUUGGACAGAAGGACGAAGGGACCGUCGACGUCAAGAAGAAGGGCAAAGCCAAACAUUCUGAGAUACAGACUGCACCACAUCAGACCCUCAUCUUCGUUGCCACCAAGCAUCACGUGGAAUACAUGCUGACACUGCUGACCGCUGCAAACUACGCUGUGUCGCACAUCUAUGGAUCUCUAGACCAGGCCGCACGCUCGUUCCAAAUGGAGCAGUUCCGGAGGGGACAGACGAACAUCUUAGUGGUCACAGACGUUGCAGCCCGUGGCAUCGAUAUCCCUGUGCUCGAGAACGUGGUCAACUACGACUUCCCGCAGGGUGCACGUGUUUUCGUGCACCGUGUGGGGCGCACAGCCCGUGCUGGACGACAAGGCUGGGCCUGGUCGUUCGUCACCCACAGCGAGCUUCCGUAUCUUCUGGAUCUCCAGCUCUUCCUCGGCCGACCGCUGAAGCCGGAUGUCUCGGGAGACGGCGACCAGGAAUACACAGAAUCGUUGGUCCUGGGCACCUUCGAGCGGGAAAAGAUCGAUGCAGACGUCGAGUACAUCCGGUCGCUGGAGGACACCAGCCGGAACUUGCCGACUCUGCGGGAGGUGAUGAAACGCGGCCAAGCAAUGUACGAGCGCAGUAAAGGGAAAGCGAGCCCCGCCAGUUACAAGCGUGCCAAGGACAUGACUAAGGAUCCCAAAUGGCUGUUGGCUGGCUCGGACUCCGGGAUACAUCCCGUGCUGCUCCGCGGGGCCGGUGGAUCCGAGCGUAGGGCCCGGGAAGAGGCGCGAAAAGCGUUGCUACGAACCGUCAAUGCCUUCAGACCCGCAGAAACUGUACUUGAGCUGGGCAGCAAAGGGAAUACAACCAAUGCUGCGCUCAUGAACCAGCGUCGAAAGGCUCUCAAGCGGGCGGCGGAACGCCAGGUGACCGCUGCUCUGAGCAUGGAAAAUCAAGCGGACUCGGACAUCGAGGACGACAAGACCGCUGACGGGGAGGUGGAAAUGGCGGACGAAGCCGAACUGGCGGUGGUAUUUGACUCUUCCACGAAAAAGAAAGGGUUCCGAGACACCGAGUUCUAUAUGUCACAUUACCAGAAAGAUGCUGAUACCGAGAAAGGCUAUUCCCUCCACGACGGAGCCUCGUCAUUCGCCGAGCAAGCUCGAGGCGCAACAUUCGAUCUGACGGGUGACGAGGGUGCCCCAGAUCGCAAGCGAACCCGGCUCAGCUGGGACAAGAAGAAAAAGAAGUUUAUCAAAGGAGACGGUGUCGGCGCUGACAACGUCAAAAUGGUCAAGACGGAAAAUGGCACGCGACUUCCAGCGACGUAUCGCAGCGGACGAUUCGAUGAAUGGAAGGCCAAGAGUAGGACCUCGCUUCCCCGAGUGGGCGAGGCUGAGAACCAGACACGAGGCAAUCUGAAUUCCGGGGGGCGCAGAUUCAGACACAACAAAUCGACUGAAGCUAAACCUCUGGACAAGAACGACAAAAACUACGACCGCAAGAUGAGAAACGCCAAGAAGAAACAGGAAGGGCAGGACAACGGCGAGGCCAGCAAGGCGCGCCCCAGUCGAUACGGCGGAAAGCCCAUGGGCAGAGUCAAAAACGAGCUUAAAACAUCAGAGCAAAUACGGAAGAACAGACAGGCCCUGGACAGGAAGAGAGCAAAGAACGCACGGCCCUCGAAGAAAGGGCGUCGGUAGUGUACGUGGUGUGGAAUACAUGUGCACGUUACUUGCCCUGCGAGAUCAUAUCAACUGCGAGAUGCCAUGUCCUGAGAGUAAUCCCAUUUUGCGCCGCCCCCCUCAACCACUUUGGCGUCGGGAUUGCCUUCAAGUAGAUCGACCCCAACACUCUGCAAGGCAUUCACACACCACUCUGGAUACCCAGCGUCUCCAAAGUAGUUGCGGAAGAAAGUAAUCAAAUACUGGGGGAACGUAUCAUCGAUGAUGGCAUCCCUGUUCGCAGAUUGAAAUCUGUCUGAAGAGGACACAAGACGCGACUCACCGAGCGCCGCCCAUCAACCGGGCCUGGAAUGUUAUGUUGUGCAGAGUCGUUGCUGAAAGGGAAAGCUGUGAGCACCCAUGCCAGAGGCCGCCUGUGGACAUACCGUGGGCUGCUGAAGUCUCCCGGGUGAUGGUGUGAUGGAGGAAAGCCCGGGAAAUUCGUCGAGAACAAGUCGGACAGGGACAAGUUUCGUCGAUUGGCUCCAGAUCCUUGGCAUACUUGGCGAGUCCUGCUCUUCGCUUGAGGAGAUGGGGAACAGAGGGUCAAGACGGCGACAUACGUAAGUUAAGGGGGCCUCGAUGAGUCAGAGCGACGCCGAAUCGAGCUGUGCGAGUAGGAAACACGCAGUCCGCCUAGAAACUUCUAAUGGAUGCCACCUGAUUCGGUUUCAAGUGUCCUCACCAUAUCGAUUCCCAGAGCAACACACACGAGAAGAUCUGUUGCAUCCCCUCAGCACGGUCUGGACGAGAAAAGAGCUUUUGAGCAUUCCUUCAGCGAAACCUACGCCCAUGGUAUAGCGAGGCUUCAAUUCAGGAAGCUACGCGCCCUCGCUCAGCCCAGAGUCAUCCACUCGGAUUGACUAAACUCACACUCUCCAGAAUACGUCUAGAACACGGGUCAAGUCUGGGCCAAGUUAACUGGGUUGACCCAGCUCACCUUUCUCUUCUCCUCCGCUCAGACCGCCCACGGCAAAGCCAGCGACGUCAUCUGUUCGUUCAACCAUCUGGGCAAGACACCGAUCUCGUAGUUCCAUAUCCAACCCCCCUUGAACGAUGGCAAACAGAUUCUGGGUCGUUUGCUUCCCAGAUUUACGAUGGAAAGCGAUGCAUCUGUCGAGCCAUCUGACGGAACGCUCCAUUGCCUCCUCGACUCUUGCUCGAUCUGGUGUGAGACUGGGCACGACGUCGUCCAACUGCAUGAUGAUGUCGGCGCCUAUCGAGUGCUGAAUGGCAAUGCUCUCUUCCGGCUGUAGAAAACUGUUGAGGCGGAGUCAUCGAACCAGAUGGAUAGAGCUGACUGUCAACAUUGUCGGUUCGCCUGUGAAAGGGCUGGCAAAGAGUGCCCCCUCUUCAGUGAUAGUCGUGAAUUUGCUCAGGCUAACGAGUUGGAAGCCACCACUAUGAACAGUCUCAAAAGAGCGAAGCUGGAUAAACCUGCAGGACAAACCUGUCCUACGCACAGUCAGAUUGCAGAGACCUGACGCACCCGAGACCAUACCGUGAGCAUGUUCUUACUCCAGCCCUAAUCAUGGGUGAGAUGAGGCUCCAAACAUGAUCUUGAGAAUCUCUACCUGGAACUUAUGAGCGCCUCCUGCUUCGUUCAAGAUCUCGAUGCCUGGUCGCAGGUUCAAGUGGUAUGUGUUGUUGAGCAGUAAAGUGACGCCAAGAGAUUCUACUUGCUGGGCAGUGAGACCCUUUAUCGCUUCUAGUAUUGAAUAUCCGUAGGCACGAGGAUCGCUAAGCUUCACACCAGCUUGAGUCGCCACUAUAUUUCGUAGCACGAGACAUCAAUCAGGGCGAGAUUUCUCAUAGACCUUACGUCUUGGACGGACCGGGCAUAAAUGUAGGAAGAACAGUUGUCCCAUGAGCUAGAGUCAGCUUCGAAACCCGCGCGCGCGUGCGCGAACAUCUUGCCACGAUCUCGAAAUGUGCCAUGAUGAGAACACCGUAUUGGCGGCAGAGAGAUUAUCGCGUUUUGAUCUGUUUGGGCACACAUCAAUCACGAAUUACCGGAGGCAGUCAUUGCAGCGAGUAGUGCAGCAUUCGACCGUCGACCAUGGCUCCUCGCCUCCGUCCAGCUUUGAGCGUGUCCUCCCUUCUCCUUCUCUCCCUCGUACCGACAACAUUCGGAUUUUAUCUGCCUGGAGCUGCCCCUCAUUCCUUCGUUUCUGGGGAGCAGGUCCCUCUGUUCGUCAAUGCUCUCACGCCGAUGCUCACGGGUAAAGACAACGCGAAACUGAAAUCCCUCAUUAACUAUGACUACUACUCCCCAAAGUUCAGAUUCUGUGAGCCGGAAGGAGGUCCCAAGAAACAGCCGGAGUCGCUCGGGUCUAUCCUGUUUGGAGACCGGAUAUUCAACUCGCCAUACGACAUUAAAAUGCUGGAGGGAAAUGGGACGUGCAGAACCCUCUGCGUCCAGCCUGACGUCACUGCCGAGGACGCCAAAUUCAUCAACGAGCGCAUCAAGGAGGAUUACGCUCUGAACUGGCUGAUAGACGGUCUGCCUGCUGCCGAGAUGAAGUCGGACACGCGGAACGGUGAAGUCUUCUAUGACAUGGGCUUCAACCUCGGGAAUGAUGACGAAGAACGUUCUGAAUUUCCCGCGCUCAACAAUCACUACGAGAUUGUACUGCGAUACCACAGGCCAUCCCCAGACAAAUACCGUGUCGUCGGUGUUCUUGUUUGGCCUUCGAGUAUCGGAGGCCCACAAGACGGGCAAGCCACUUGCGUCACAGAGGGCGCUUCUCCGUUGAUUCUCAGUGAAGACAAGUCCCAAGCUGUGCGAUACACGUAUCGGGAAUCGCCCACGCCCUGGGCCACGCGCUGGGAUAACUAUCUCAAAAUCUUCGACCCGCGCAUUCAUUGGUUUAGCUUGAUCAACUCGAUGGUUAUCGUCGUGUUCCUGUGCGUCAUGGUCUCCAUGAUUCUCCUCCGCACAGUCUCUCGUGACAUUUCGCGUUACAAUGCUAUUGACUUGAGUGAGGACGUGCAGGAGGACUGGGGCUGGAAACUGGUUCACGGCGAGGUGUUCAGGGCCCCGAAGAACCCGAUGAUUCUCUCUGUUCUCGUUGGCAAUGGUGCACAACUCUGUGCCAUGGUUGGCGUGACCCUCGUGUUUGCAUUGCUUGGAUUCCUGUCUCCGUCUAACCGUGGAAGUCUUGCCACGGUCAUGAUGAUUUGCUGGACGUUCUUCGGCAGCAUCGGAGGCUACUUUUCCAGCCGUGUCUAUGCGUCGUUGGGAGGAACCAAUCGCAGAAAGAAUGCGUUUGCGACCGCGACCGUUUUGCCAACGCUUAUUUUUGCCGUCGUCUUUCUGCUGAACCUGUUCUUGCUCGGUGCCGGCUCUUCCGGAGCCGUUCCGUUUGGCACGAUGCUGCUGAUUGUCCUGCUCUGGUAUGGAAUCUCGGCACCGUUGUCAGCAGUGGGGCAUACUUUGGUGCAAAGCACGGAGCCGUUUCGCAUCCAGUCCGUGUCCACCAGAUUCCGCGACAGAUUCCUCCUGCACCGAAAUAUCUGCGCCCUUGGUGCGGCGUUUGUUGAGCUAUAUUUUGUGCUCUCGAGUCUGUUCGCGUCACGUGCCUACUACGCCUUUGGAUUCCUUGCGUUGACUGCCGGCAUCGUCGCAUUGACCACGGCGACUGUGACCAUCCUCUUCACCUACUUUAUCCUCUGUGCUGAAGAAUACCGAUGGCACUGGCGGGCCUUCCUCACUGGUGGUGGCAGUGCCUUCUGGCUGCUUGCGUACGGGCUAUUCUUCUGGGCAUCCCGGCUUUCCCUGCAUUCCCUGAGCAGUGCCAUACUCUAUCUCGGGUACUUAUUCCUGCUCGUGCUCCUCGACUUCCUGGUCACCGGCACAAUUGGUUUCCUCGCGUCGUACUGGGCUGUUCGUAGACUGUAUAGUGCAAUUCGUAUUGAUUAGGCUAAAUAGCUGAGCGGGGGUCUGCGUAAUUAAAUACUGUAUAUCAUGCAUCUUCCAGCGCAAGAACAGCCAAUUUGUCUUUCCCGGCUUUGAGGAUCACAAUUUUGUUGU